AAGCAAGUCAACAUUACAAGAAAUACUCUUACAAACAUUAAAGCUCAACUCAGGGACCAAUUAGAUGCAGACGACUUAAUAUUACUCACAGAAAGUGAGAAUAUCAUUUCUCACUCUCAAAGCACAAAACAGAAAUCUAUACACACCAACAAACUAGACGCAUUAAAACAACAACAACACUGUCAACUGAACAUACAACACAACAAGGAAUGGUUCGUAAAUAAAACAGAUACUGACAUACCCAACAACGUUGAAUGGUUGCUGUCUCUUGGGCCGAAGUUCUCUUUGCCAACAACAAAAACGACGUUCCCCUUGUUUGAUAUUAUCGCUGAGGGAGAAGAGUGCAUUCAAACGUUGGAUAACAGAGAACAACAAGAGAAUGCGAGAAUAAAUUUUAUUACUCUGAUAAAUGACCACACGAGGAAAACGACAUUAGGGAAAAGAGAUCGGUUUGUUCUAAACACAGUGGACCAAACGGCGAAAUUUUUGAAACAAAAUAAAGAAUUAUUAAUAUUAAAUGCAGACAAGGGUGGAAAAACUGUUGCCAUGUCAAAAACAGAAUAUGAUUCAAAAAUGAACGCAAUUUUAAUGGACAUGUGUACUUACAAACGUGUAAGAAAAGACCCAACAACAGGACUACAAGAGAAAAACAAUAAAUUAGUUACAAAAUUAUUUGAGUUAAAACUAAUUGACGAGAAAGUGAAAUAUAACUUAAUAAAUAGAACGUCAAUACCACCAAAGAUAUAUGGAUUGCCCAAAAUCCAUAAGGAGGGAACACCACUACGACCAAUAUGUUCAUUUACAAAUUCGCCGACUUAUGAGUUAUCCAGAUAUAUAUCAAAAAUCCUAAAAGUAUUGACAGUUGAUUCAAAAUACAACAUUAAAGAUGCAAUAGACUUCAAAUCCAGGAUUAAUAAUCAACAUAUUGAAGAUGACGAAAUUUUAAUUUCAUUUGACGUGAUUUCCUUGUUCCCAAGCAUUCCAGUAAACUUGGCUAUUAGUGCUAUUAAAGAUAGUUGGUCUAUUAUAAAGGAACAUACACAUAUACCAAUGGAUCUUUUUAUUGACAUUUUGACAACAUGUAUUAAGGACGCUAGAUAUUUCGCAUAUAAGGAUAAGAUAUAUGAACAACAAAAAGGCAUGCCGAUGGGCUCACCUAUUUCACCAAUCAUUGCUGAUAUAAUAAUGGAGAAACUUCUUGACGAAACUAUGAACAAAUUGACUAUCAAACCCAGAUUCUUGACAAAAUAUGUGGACGACAUAUUUUGCAUCGUAAAAAAGGAGGAAGUGGAAAAUACACUUAAGACGCUGAAUAUGUACAACAAACAACUACGGUUUACGAUGGAGAGUGAAUUGAAUAAUCAGUUACCAUAUCUAGAUAGCUUAGUACAAAGAGAAGGAAAAAAGUUGUUAUUAGAUUGGUACCAAAAGCCAACAGCCUCGGGUAGAUUAAUUAAUUACCAUUCAAAGCAUCCGCGACGUAUAAAAAUCAACACGGCCACAAACUUUAUCCAAAGGGUCUUGAAAAUAAGUGACAGAAAAUUCCAUGCAAAGAACAAAAUCAAAAUCAUAAAGAUUUUAAAAAUGAAUGACUUCCCUAGUAACAUUGUUAAUGAAUUGAUUAAACGCGCCGAGGGUAAUAGAGCAUACCAAAAUACAAAAUUAGUGGAAAAGACAUAUAAAAGAUCUACAUAUAUACCAGGGUUUUCGGAAAGAUUUUCUUCAUCAAACAUGUACAACAGUGAGAAGUAUCAAUUGGCAUUCAGAAGCAGUAACACCAACAAUAAUUUCUUUAGUAGAACUAAAACAAAAAUUCCACACGAGGAUAAAUCUAACGUCGUUUAUAAGAUUAAAUGUAAUGGGGACGGGUCCAACGUAUGUCAGAAGGCAUAUGUUGGGACAACAAAAUCUAAAUUAAAAACUCGUAUUAGCUCUCAUAAAUCGGACCAAAAGACAAUAACUAAACCCAUAGAGCAAAAAACUGCCCUUGCUGCCCAUUGCCAACAAGAAGGACAUACGCCCAAUUUCAAAGAUGUCGACAUCUUGGCACAAGAAAAUAACUACAAACGUAGGUACAUGUUAGAAAUGCUACAUAUUAUAAAUGUACCUCCUAAUAAACGAAUGAACUACAAAACUGACACGGAACAUUGUGCUCAAAUUUAUAGAAAUGUCAUCGAAAAGCAUAAGAAAAAUUAGUUGGAAAAUUCGAGUAAAAAGGAAAGGAUGGAAAAGCUGCAUCAGAGAACUUAAAAACAGAAGAGUUAAAAUCCAAUUCAAAUCCCUGAUGAUGACUAUCGAAGAUAGUCGAAAUAUCGGACAAAUAAAUUAAUAUAUAAAAAAACAAAUUCGUCUGUUUUUUAAAUUCUGACCUCGAGCCAAACGAAAAACCAGAAGAAAAUACAUUGA